CACCGAUGACGUUUGUCAACGGAAAGUUCCCCUUCCUCUUCCUACCGCACUCGACUUCGAACUUUUAGCCGGGUAUACCAGUUUUUUUAUAGACCUUAACUUAUUAUUAAAACUCGUUCUAUUUCAAAACUUAACACGUUGCGUUAUCGUCAGUGAUUAGAAUUUCAUUCCAAUAUGGCUCAAAAGUUCAACGAAAUUAAACAGCAGUUAGAUGUUGCUUUGCGCGAUAAUUCUAAGCCUUGGACCCCCCUUCUAGCAGCAGCAGAACAAAAAACAGGCCUAGAUAGGGUUUAUCUAGCUUUAGGCGCUGCUGCGUUUUUGGGCAUUUGGCUGGUGUUUGGAUAUUUUGCUCAACUAAUCUGCAACUCGUUAGGUUUCCUGUAUCCGGCUUACGUUUCGAUAAAAGCGAUCGAAUCGAAAGAAAAGGAUGAUGAUACGAAAUGGUUGACUUAUUGGGUUGUUUUCUCCUUGUUUUCCGUCACAGAAUACUUCGUAGAUGUUAUCGUUAGGUGGUUCCCCCUCUAUUGGCUUAUAAAGUGCAUUUUUAUGGUAUGGCUUAUGCUUCCUGGAGAUAUGAAUGGUUCAGUAAUCCUCUACCGUAGAGUAAUCAAGCCUUACUUCUUAAAACACCAGGGUGAAAUCGACGGAGUUGUUAACAAAGUGAAGAAUACAGUUAAAGACACUGUUAACAAAGUGUCGGAAAAAGCAGAGUGAAAAUAGCCAACAUCGAAAGGUCUGAACUUUUUUCCAUUGAUGGAAUGUUUUAUUUAUAUAAACUGGAUAUUAUCCAUAUUCUAAGAUAUUUAUAUAAGCCAAGUACUUUAUUGGUAUUGUUGUGAUUAUAUAUAAUCUCAUAUGAAUGGUAUUAAUUUUUAAAUAUAUCCCAAUUAUUGAAGGCUUAAUUUUUUUAAAGAGUUUUUGUAAAAUUGUUCAAUAUUUGCUUAAGCACUUGUUUAAACUACUUGAAAUUUUAAAGGGUACUUUUUAAAGAUAUAAACUAUUUUGAGACUUUUUGGGCACCAAAUAAAUACAAUUGUUCAAUAAA